UCUUGCGUGCGUACAGCGUCGAAAACCUGAAAAGAAGAGAGUUUCCACAAUAUUUCUUCUUGCUCAUUUUGCUACUACUUUCAUAUCGCAAGGCUUAAGUUUAAUUGUUAGUUUCGUAUUAUGUAACAACCGUUGUAACAGUACAGUAGGUUUGCUUGGUUCUAUUCCUAACGGAGAUUGGAUGAAUAACAUACUAAGCUGCGGAUGGUUUAAAAAUGACUGAAAAAUAUAACGAAUCAUGGCAUAUUCCCUGUAGCGUAAGUUUAGCAAGUUGUCGAGUGACAGCGGAAGCUCUUGCUCGAAAGUUACAUUGUAAAUUGUGGGAUGUAGGAAGAUUUGAUUUUGUAGAAGGUAAUGAUUCAACUGAUGAGCUAGAUGAUGAUAUUGAUGAUAACCCCACUGCUUUUUUAACAAAUUCUGUUUACGGCAAAUCUAGGCCUAGUACUAGUUAUAAAUGCCAAAGUACAACACCAAUCAUUGACAAAGCUCCUCAACCACAGAAAAAGGUUUAUGGUGCUAAUGAUGGUACAUCUUUAAUUAAUUCCAAAUAUAUGAAAGACACAAUGUUAGGCAGUGAAGAAGAAGAUUGUGAACACGAAUACUCGUCGCCGUUAAACCUAUCAGAAGAGAACGUACUGGUUGAUCCGCAGGAAAGCUUAUCAGCUCUACCCGUAUUUGUGAGUAACAAGAUUUCGCAGACUUCGAGUAGUAUUGUGAAAACUGAUGAUAUUGCGCAUUUAAAAAGUGAAAUUACUAAAGCAGCAAUGCAAGAGACUGAAUCGGGGAAAGGUAUGGAUAUAACCGAAAAGCAAAUAUUAUAUGAAAAACUUCAAAUGUAUGCACAAAAGUGGAAUGUAACAGAUGAUAAGGAAAGCUGUUCUGAAGGGAUGGGGGGCACAGAAAGUAACAGCGAAAAUGAUGAACUUGAAUUCAGUAAAGGGAUUAAUAUUGAACCUUGUAAUCUACAUGAUUAUGAAGAAGGUGAAAAUAUGUUUUCAGUAUCUCAGCCACAAUCGCAACAAAUUGCAAUGGAUGCUGUUUUUGUACUUGAUAACAAGCCUGAAAACUUUGUUAGUCCAAGAGCUAGCUCCACUUGGGACAGUGGUAUAAUUUCUCCUGAAGAGACAGCUGAAGAAGAAGAAUUAGACGAUUCAGAGCACACCAAAUCUUGUAGAUAUUCCGAAGAAACAGAAACUGAAGAAAUAAGUGUAAGUACUUCUGAUACAACAGGUAAAAUAUCCAAAGAAGUAUACGAUGAAAUUACUGAUUUUAAAGAACAUAAUGACAAACACGAGCUUAAAUCAGAUUCAGAAGUUAACAUUUCUGUUGCAUUUGUUGAUGAAGCGAAAAAGAGUACCUUAUGCCAGACUUCAUGUGUAGAAAGUAGCACAGAAGAAUCUUUAAGUCAGGAAGUGAGCUUAGACUUAGAUUGUGAAAUGCAGAAGGAAAUUUAUAAUUGGUCAGUAAUCGAUGAUUAUGAAGAGGAUGACAUACAUUAUAUGGCUGGACGCUUAAAGCGUAGUAGUUCUUUGAAAACGGGUAAAACACCACCUGGUACUCCACACAGACCUAAAAUAGUUCGUUUUGCUGAUGCUUUGGGUCUUGACUUAGAGGCUGUACGUCACAUUGUAUCAGAUGAUGCUCCUAAUAUACCUGCUUCUGCUUUUAAUGAUCUAAAGAUCAGUGAACAAAACUUCGAUAAGCAAGAGAAGAGCACAAGCUGGACGUACUUUCCCGUUCGAGAAACAUUUAUUGGUACUUCCGUAACGCACACACCGUCUCAGUGUGCAUGUUCCCUGAUUCCACUGUUUUCUCAGCCUGGAGGCGAAGUUAACUUCCUAGACAGAGUGCGAAUGCAAAAGGUUUGUUUGGAAAACGUUGUUGUUUCUGACAUGAACGUACAAUGUCACGUAAGGGUUUUAAACAUUUCUUUUGAUAAGAGAGUACUAGCUCGUUACACUACUAAUGACUGGAUGUCGUACGAAGAUAUUCUUGCUAACUACGUCCAAGGAUCUUGCGACGGAUUUUCGGACAAAUUUUCUUAUAACAUUUUUGUUCCCCACAUGUGCGAUGGGCAGCAAUUGCAAUUCGCCAUUCGAUAUGUCACCAAUGAACAAGAAUUUUGGGACAAUAACUGGAAUCAAAACUAUAUUCUGCGUUGCCAUGGAAACUCCUCUUUGAUACCUGCGGAAGAAGAAGAAACUUCAUGGUUGCAUCACUUUAUAUGGUACCUCCAGCCUGCCUCUCAUCAAACUUGUUAUAACCAGCUAUGGAAAGGAAGUGUGUGAAGAUAGAUAUAGGAGAAACGUUGUGUAUGAAUAGGAGUAUAUGUGUGAUGUUAUGUUCUCUUCCCCCAUAUCUCAUGUGACGUAUUAAAAUGAGAUGAGAUUGACUGUGUUACAGACAAUGUAUACCGACUCCUGUGUGGGUAGUGAAUACUUAAAAUAUCGUUAUUCUAUUGGACCUUUUCUGUGUAACGCUUUUUUUUUUUCAUAUAUUGUGACGCAUGUGGGCCUAACGAUGUUGUCAUGACAACAAGAUCACCUGGCAGGUAAUAACUAUAGAACGAUCGAUACAUACAUAUAAGGGUAAAGUUAGUCGUGUACUUCAUGUUUCUUUUGUGGACUAUUUACCAUUUAUACUUUUGUACUAUUUACUGUACACCAUUUUUUAAAUUUCAUACAAUAUGUUCCAGUCUAUUGACACAAGAACUUUGUGACUUUUUUCAUAAAGACAUUAUUGAAUAUUUAUAUUGUUAAUCACACCGCAUCUAUUUCAGCUAUGCAAGGGUCUGUUGGUUUUAUCGUACAGGUUUUUUGUUAUAUAGUUUAGAAUAACUGUCAUGUUUUCUGGUUUCAUAAUGUAUAAUGAAGUCUGAUUCAUAAAGAUACUUUUUAUUGCCUUAAUUUUAGAUAGCAAUGUAAAAAUAUUUUAAUGAACAUUUAGUAUGGAUUCAGAUUGAAAUAAAUAUUGAUCUAAAGAUAUACAGACUGGUACUUAUGAACCGUAUUUAGCUAAUUUUAUAAGCUGCAACAAAGAUGAAACAGCAUAAGUAAAUUAACCAGAAUCAUAAAUACUGUUUGUCUAAAUACUUAAACCCAUAAUGGAUUUACAUGUUGCAGUCCUUUGAAACUCAUUGCAUAACUGUACUUCUAAAAACUAACUAAAUCAAUCUGAAUUGGCUACAGAUCAAAUUUAUACAAUAGUAAACAUAGUUAGAUAACAUCAUGACAUUGCGAGUUUGACAUAGUACAAAAAGGGUGUUUUAUUAUACCGAAGAAUAAUGUUAAUUUACAGAUGCAGUCAGGUAGAGAGAACUUACCAAAAAGUUCUUAUAUAACAAUAAUAAUGUCAACCUGGAUGUCAUCCCAUAUUUAUCGACUUUGAUCCGUUUAUUUUUUCAACGACUUGUUUUUUUCUUGCUUUUAUACUUAUUUUCAACAGUGAAUAUUAAUCUAAGUUUGAAAAUAUGAAGAAAUAGUCUCUUAUAUAAAUACUUUCAUAGUUUUUAUUGUUUUAUGGAUAAAAACACUACUACUAACAAGUGAUUUAAGAAUUAUUCAAAUAAUCAGAUUAGGUUACCUUUUCUGAGAGUCAAAUGUACUCUUUUGAUUACAAAAAGCUUCUUUCGUAUUCUUGUGUAGUUGUGUCUCAACUUGUAUAGGCUAUUGUCAGGCGUAUAUUUUGUGUUAAUAAAUAAAUGUCAUUGAACCAAAUACGUGACAUUUAUGAGCAACCUUAAAUAUAUUAUCGUAUCAAAUUUGUCUUCCUUUUUUUUUAAACUAGUCUUUCAGUGGCUCAGCGGUAAGUCUUAUGGCUUUUCACGUUAAAGAUCGGGUUUCGAUACCCGGAUUGGUAUGACAAAGAUAGCCCAUUGUGUACAUUUGUGCUUAACAACAAGCUAACAAAUUCUAACAAAAAUAACGUGUUUAUUGAGAAUUAUUAUCAGUUUCACUCACUUCAUUAAUGUUUUGAAAUGAGUGUGAGUCAACUCAAUUAUUACGUGUGCUUGAUUGAUAGAUAUAAAUAGAUAGAUUGUCUCUAUUUGUAGGUAGUACUAUAUAACUGCAGAUAUGUAUAUAUUUUGAAGGCCAUUUUGACUAGCUGCCGGUAUUCAUGUUCGUAACCUGCCUACUGUGCUUCUGUAAAGAAAGAAAAUAACCUGUAGUUCACCAAUGUUAAUUCAGAAAUCGAUCAGUAGCGAGGUAGGUAGAAAAAUAACUUUAAACAAGAUAUCGUUUAUCAAAUGGUCAAAUGUUCUUUAAAAGUGAUAAAUAAGCUUUUAAACGUUGCUGUAAUCUACGAUUUGUAUCUCCAAGUCAAGUUAAAAGUUUAAAAUACUUUGGGAGUGGUGAGUUCUCUCUUUGCUUGUAUGUGUAUUUGAAUCAGCCUGGUUGAAUUUAGAAACAAUAAAUAAAUUAGUAAAUUGAAAUAUAUUUUAGUUAAAUGGUUUAUAUAUCACAUAACUAGUACACUGUCGUGAAUGUUAGUAAGAUAAUAUAUAAUUGUCAUUACUACAAAGGAAUUAACGUAUCUGAAGGUAAAUUUUCUCUUGUCCGUAAUUACGAUUUUAUUUUGUCAAAAAUAUAAAAAGGGGCGCUUUUGCAGCGUAAUGGCUGCUGUUUAUUCACAUCAAUAAUGUUUCUACGAAUGUCUGGUUUGCGCAGGUGUAAGUAUGUAAUCGUACUGUUUUAAAGAAUAGUAAGCUGAGUUUAUACUAUAAUUUUCAGAAGAUUGACUGCUGUGUGUUUUUAUUCAUUAAUAAUCCAAGAAUAAGCUACCGAUUGAUUCGGUAAUAUUAUCUAUAUUCAUAUUUGUUAGUAAUCCUGUGUGUAUCGAAUGUAUAGUAAUAGCAUUUCAUUAGACAAUAAUAAUAAUAAUAAUAUUUCAUUUGAAUAAAAAAUACAGUAACAUAUUUGAAAGUCGUAGUUUGAUUAGAAUAGUAAAGUAAGCCUUAAUAAUUUCGCGUCUUCUCACUGUAUAUAUAUAUAUAUUUAUUUAUUUAUAUUUGUAGCACUAUGAUAAUAAGAAAGAGUUGUAGAGUCUUUGGAAAAAGAUGAAGAUUAAGCUAGGAAUCAAAUACUACAAUUGAUUUAAAAUGUAAUUUUAGACAUUAAAAAGUGUUUGAUUUAUUUUGUGUGUAAUAAAGUAUUUAACAAUGAUGUUCAGUAACGUAAGUUGUAUUGUAUUAUAUAAUGUAAUGUGGAUAGCCAACUACUGAGAUUUCGAUAAAAACAGAGAUCCAAGAUUUGCAGUAUGGACAUAGUAAAGUUUGACCUGAGCUUUGUGAGCAACAGUUCAAAUUUCAUCUCGGUUAAUAUUCAUGUAUAUAACAAAUGAUGUACCUAUUUCCUUGUACACUGGUUGUAGUUCACCGUUAUAUACAUUAGAACAUUGUGUUAUUUUCACUAAGAUAGAGUUUAUUUGCUGUUGCUGUUGGAUGUAAUUAAAAUUCUAUAUAGUAAUAAACUAUAUAUAUUAAAGA